AUGGAAGCCUCAACCAUGGUGACAGUGCCUUUUGCUCCAUGUGCUGGUGCCGGUGCGACGACGGAAUCGGUGCACAUGGUGGAGGAGGCAUCGCUGCGCAAGACGUGGGCAGCGAGCUUCAGCAACACCGCGACGCUGCGCGCGACGGUCAGCACAAAUACCGAGGCCUACACCGCCUUUGAGGAGGAACUCGUGCGAGAGUUGAACGAGCUACGACGUGCGCCAGCAGCCUACGCAGCCGUCGUCGAGCGAGAGGCCACAGUCGGAGCACCGUACGUCCAGGAGAACGACCUUUACUUCUGCGACGAGAGCGCGGCUGAGAGCGCGGCUGUUGAGCUUCGCCGCACUCUGGAGGAGCAAUACUGCCCUGUGCAGGCCGAGGUGUCAUCCGCCGCUGGCGCCGCCGUGUCUCGUGGUGUAACGCAUGUCAUGUCGCCGAAGGCGGGAGUGCAAACCGGUCCGGAGAAGCGCAGAGGCAAAAAAGGCCUCGGCGUCUCCCUAUCGCCGCCGGCGACCUCUACAGGUGUUGGCGCGAGCAGCGGCGCUCGAUACCGCAGCAGUCCGACGGUGCCAGCAUCCGAGCGGCAGAACGCGCACACAGUGGGUCCUGACGGCGGUGCCGUAUCGCCAUCGCGGCGGGAGGUGAUCUCGCCCGAGCUCACAGGGGGUGAGGUAACGGUGGUGGGCGUGUCUUCGCUGAGCGCGACUCGGGCCACGCUGCGCAACCACGGACUGCAUGAGCUGACCCUCUCUCAGCUGCGUCACCAGUUUCGUUGUCAGCAGCGCUACCGAGCUGCUCUGGAGGCGGCGCUGCGAGACAUGCGAGCCUCUCAGCGGCAGGCCGAGGCAGCACAGCAGGCUGCAUGGGCCUCCGAGGACGAGAAAGCGCUAAAGAAGAGCCGCCGCUUCAUGACGACAAGCAGCUUCAGCGCCAACACAGGCAGCUCCGCGGCUGCCCUGCAAAGUAAUAACAGCACGGGCGACUCGAGCGCGUCGGUGGUAGUGCCGCACAGCAGCAAGAAGCUCAGCAAUACCAACAGUAGCAACUUGCCGACGCACACGAGCGGCCCAACGGACGACCACGUUGCGCUGCGCCGCAGCGAAGACAUGGCGCAGUUGCGCGGCAUGCACGAGGCGCGCAUCAAACGAAUGGAGCAGGAGCUUUGCGACGUCCGCAAUGCUUGCCAGCGCAGUCUUGCCGCCGCCAACCUCGUUCUCGACGCGGUGCGUGCCCUGCGAGAGGCACAACCAGCCCCACUCGUGCAGCGCCACCGUGGCCUCUCGUUGGCCGCUCGUGACACAGCUGAAACCUACUACGGCGAUGAGGAGCGGGUGGCGGCGCUACAGGAGCUCUACGCGGUAUCGCGUGCCACACUGGUGGGGUUGGCAGAGCACCCAGGUGCCCCCACAACAUCAUUGACACUAGAGCGACUCUCGCGCCGGCUUGAGCAGCACCAAGUUGAAGUGUCGCACACCAAAAUGACAGCCGCUGGCGGCUCGCACAGCCGGUGCGAUCGCGUUGAAGAGGUCGAGGAAAGCGACACGCGCGAACGGAGCGAGGCAGAGACGGUGCCGUCGUGGGUGCUGCCGUUGCUGUCGGAGGAGGCUUUGCUUCUUACCAACGUUGCAAGGGAUGCGUGUACAACGUAUGGCUACAUAUCUGGCGAGGUGCGUGGGCUGCACCUGCAGGUUAUGGCUGGAAGCCCCCGCUCCUUGUUGCUGCAGAUGAUCAUCGGCUCGCUGACCCCGGUGCUGGACCUCUCGAGCCACAGCCUGCAGCAGUGCAACGGCCAGGCAGCGCGGAGGAUAUCGACAAACCCAACGACGCACAGCACCAACGCAACACAGUGCUACGCGGGAGUGCGCAUCGAGGGGUGCCUGUACGCGGUAGCCGACCCACCCACCAGCACCAGCGACGACGCGGUGCGCUUAGAUCUGUCGCAGUUCCAAGUGGCCUCAUCGAAGCAGGAGGCGGGGGAGCAGGGCAGCAUCGAUGAGACCUCAGCGGUGUGGCUGAGUAAAGAAGUAGUGGCGCCCGCUGCUGCUGAGCAGAAAUGUAGCAACGGCGGCACUGGCGCCACAACAGCCACGUCUCAUGCGCAACGAGCGGCAGCGGCAGCAGCGCAGCGACUGUGGCCUCUCCUGUGGGCUGGUGCCUACACGAUUGGGUGCGGCUGGCAGCAGGUACGUGGGUGGCGUCAUGUACCAACCUUUACGGAGGCAUGCGAGAGGCGGCAGAUGACAGCGCGUGCCUCCUCCGGUGCCCUGACCAGCAGGGACCCACAGUCCCCCUUCACGGAGGGAGCACACGCUGUCAUCUGCACGACACUGUUGUUUGCCUCUGGCUUCGAGGAGUACGAGGUGGUGCGUGGAUGUCGCCACAUGAGUCCAGCAGCGGCACGGCGUGUUGUGCAGAGUACGCUAGCGGCGGUGCACGAAGGUGGCCCACAGAGCUCCAGGCACGGCGGUGGUCUAGCGGACGCAGUCGACGCGCGCCGCGCCGCAGUGGAUGUGCACUCGACGCUAGGUGUGACACUGCUGACCCCGACCAUGCAUCCUGUGCAGCUACACGCCAACGACCUGUCGUGCUGCGCUGUUUGUGUGGCUGUGCGUGUGCCGUGCACCUCACCAGGACUCUCCGCCACACACAACUCCACGUGCGCUGGUGCAGAUGGGCGAGUGCGCAGCGGCAGCUGUCACGAUUCUUCGAUCCGCAUUGUAGCUCAGGUGACUCGUCAGUGUGAGCUGACGCCACCACACCCGACCACGUGCGCGGCCGAGGUGCUGGUCCAGCGAAGCCCUGUGGACCCCUCUGUUUGGCUCGUGCUGGUUGACACCGCUUCUGCUUUCCAGCGCCACGCCGCCGCAGUAACGGACAACAGCGGCGCCGUGUUAAACGCAGAUGGGCUGUGCGGGGCGGAUGGGACGGCGAUCACCGUUGCCAGCACCGUCGUACCGCUCGCCUUGCACAUCUACGCAAAGGACAUGAGCGACGCGAUGGGCGAGUUCGAGCACGUCGCCUUUAUCCGUAUGCAGCAGUACCUGCAGCCACGCGAGAUGAACGCCGGUGCUGUCGUCACUGCCACCUCUGCAGCGCCUGCCAUGCCCGCGCCCUCUGUGCUGGUGGCACCGGAGUGGCGGUACCUUCUGAAUGGUCUCGCCUGCGCCGUUGCCUCGCCUCUCUCGCAGACGGCAACGAGUCUGAUCGCCAUCUCUCACCCAGCGGCGCAGGUAUCCGUGCUUUCAAGGUCGUUCACCACCACGCCGACUGCCGUGUCAGCGGGGUGGCCCACGCUGCAUGAACCGUUGCUUGGCAGGGAUGGCGUGUUGCUCUGCCCGCUCUCUGCGGACUUCCGCGAGUCGGAGCGUUGCGGUGACGUGCCGCAGACGCUGCAUGUCUGUCACGAGACGACGAGUGGUGGCAGAGGCAGCGAGGCAGCUGCAGCUGCAGGGCGUGCGAUUCGUGUAGCAGUGCAGCUGCCCGUCAACUGCACUGAGCGGUGGUGGCGUCGUCGCGUGUCGACGCUGCGUCAUCUUCAGACAAAGCUAACGGAUGAAGUGGUGGCAGAGGGCGACGAGCAAACCGCCGUCUCGGCAGCACAGUCGCCAAACGCUGCCGGUACUGACCAAGACCAGCCGCUGCAGUUACUAGUGGAGGGAGGCAAUCUGCCUGUCACCGAAUGCGCACCACCGUCCGAUGAUACGCAUGCAGGCGCAACGGGCACUGCUUUCGGCGCCAGCAAUGGGUCAGGAGCAACCGCUACCGCAUCAGUUGCUUCAACUGGUGCGGCUGCAGAAUGCACCUCCGUCGUUGCUGAAGUUGCAUCGGAGCCAUUCAACGGGAGGGGCGCGGGGAAGAAAAUGAACAACGACGGCAGGCGCGCCGCUAACAAAUCCACCACGUCGGAUGCCGCCCGCGGCAGUGGAGCAAGGGCGCAGGGCAGCCACUCGUCCGCCAACAAUGCUCCCGCCGACGCAUCGAAGAGGAAAGUGCAGAUGCCGUACAAGGACGGUGACAGCGCGAUGGCGUCUUCAGCUGCUACUCCGGCAGCGGCAGCCGCCACAGGAUCCUUCCCGGCACCCACACAGGCACGCCGUCGCACGCUGAGCGGGAAUGCGACACCCAAACUCCAGGAGAGCGGUGCACUGCGCGAGUACGAAGCCAUAGUUGAGCGUGCUGCAGCUCUGAAGCCUGUGGCGACCCGCAGCGGCAACGUGCAAGCAUGCCUGCAGCCGUCACUCAUCUCCAUCAUCGACCUUCGAGGGCUCUCUGCGCGGUUGCACGCCGACUUGCACGUCUGGGAGGCAUACCUGACGCGCGUGCGAUUCAUCCUUUCCAGCGAGCGUGACCGCAUAGCCGCAGAGAUCAACAAGAAGAAAGGGAAGGAGCAACUGCGCCUGCAGCACGACCAUGACGACGUGGUGAGUGAGCUUCAGGUGGUCGAGAAAGGCGUGGCCUCACUGAGGCAGGCGGCUGUGGCAGCCACCGACGCGCUGCGCACACGCGAGCGUACACAGGUGCUGCGUCGCGCUCGCCUCGUGCGCAUUGCUGCCGAGCUGGCUGCCAUUGAGCCCUGGUCACCGUCACUCGUACUGAAGAAUUCGAAUGACAAGCUGGAGACCACACAGUCGCAGCGGAUGCCAUUGUAUUCAGCAGCGCCGAAUGUAGUGCUUCGUCUCUUCGACACAGCGGCGGUGGCUGCCGGCAGCGGCCGUGACGCAGUUUUCCACGCCGUUCGUCUUCAGCAGCAUCUGUCCUCAGAGCGGGCUGACAUGCUGAACCGCACGGUUGGCGAGGGUGCCGCCCGACUCUCGGCGAGGGCGGCGGGUGAAGUAGCGCUGCUUCCGCAGCCGUCGUUGGCCCAUGGUACAACGUUUUCUUCGUCGCCAUCGUCACCGCCACAGGGCGACGGUGAUGGCACCGCUGUCGUGUACGCGGCGAUCUGCUCGAUACCGCUGACGUUUGCCGGUCAUGCCGCGCUUUACAUUGACGACGAGGUCGCUGUGACGUGGUCAGUGUGA